AUGGGUUAUGUGAAUGCGGAUAUUAAACGGGUGGGGUUCGGUACCUCCAUGAAGGAGUUAAGAGCCAAUGCUGCCCAUGACGUAAUGAAAAAAGCUCGUGGUCCCCAUGACAACGCACCAGACGACCACGAGCAUGUCACCGGGGACAUGCUGUCUCCUGCUCUAUCGGGACACAACCCUCCCUAUGUGAGCAACAGUACGGGAACGGUGAUCCUCUCCAUCAAUGGCACGCCCACGCUCCCCCUGGAGCUCAACAUAACCGUCGACUCCGGCACCAGCGCAGACAACAGCAGCGUCUCCAACCUUGACCUUGAGCGUGAGUUCUACCGCUCCUACGACCCGGCCAUCGGCCUGCACACGGCUGCCGUGCUGGGCGGCAUCCUGGUCUGGUUGGUCCUCUACGUCAUCUACCGGACCAAGAUCCGGAAGUGCGUCAUCAGACUGGUGAAAAAGAAACUACUGGUCGAGGAAGACGAGAUUAGUAGCAAAAAACUCUCCGACUCCGAGGAUAAGGAUUCUUCAAGCGGAACAAACCCUAAUAUGGUUCGACCGUUUAUAAACCCUAGUAUUAUAAUCGAGACUACCCCUCCUGAAAGUUUAGCCCAGACGCCGAAUGUUUACAACAACACAUCCGGCCCGUGUGAUUGCAUAGGCCCGUACUCUAUUCAAAGCGGCUGCGGCAACGACGACGGGACAGUUUUCCAGUUCCCUUACACGGGCGGCCCGCAGGCCAAACUCCACAUCUACCACCAACAGUUCUGUCAGGAACAGCAACAUGCGUGCACGCAACACGACAACUACUUCCAUCAACUGCCAAAAUCAGAAAUGGAUAUCCCAACAGCUACAGCGCAGUGGGUUCAGAACAUGCCACUUGCCGCAAGAAGUCACCAGGACUUCGCUGGGCUUAUGCUUGCCAUGCAAAGCCGGGGGCUUCUUGCCAUGAACAAGCCCUGCAGCUGCCCUUUAGUAUGCCCAAGAUCCCCCCAGCCCCUGCCUCUGCUUGACCUCCCCAACACCUGGAACAAAAGCCUGCCCGUCUUGUCUAACUCGCUGUCCAGCCAACUUCUAAGUGCCUACGAGACUGCCACAGGCAGCUACAACAAACACAAAGACAUCAAAGACAUCAUCAACGCCAAACGUAAACUAAACAAGAACAAACAAGAGAAGCAAAACGCCCGGGAUUACAUAGAGUAUACGAAACUAGAAGAAAAAUACUCCCCGGAAAAAUCAGACUCCAAUGUUGGCGAAGCUCAGUCCGGGUUUAGAAAUAAAACGAGUAAAAGGUUGAACAAAACACCGCCGAAUUUAACGAUAAGAAUUCCCGACGCCACGGAAAGCUCGGCGUUGUUAAGCGGGACGGAUCCUAACAGAUCCGCAGUCCCGAUCCCCGUGACCCCAACUGUCAUGAUCCAAAACCCCAACUGUCGACGCCAUACCGGCUGUGACAGCAACACUUCCGUUAGUUCCAGUUCUUCGUUGGAUUUGAACCCGAGUCAGCGGCAUAUGACCAUACCCAACUACCGGAACAUACCCUCGCCGCAUCUUCUCUCCCCCGCGUGUGAGAACCGCCGAAAGGGAAGUAACUGUCAUUUUUCUUGGAGCCGUGAGGACGUCAACAGAUACCGUAGCAGGCACGAGCUCCAGAGGUCAGGGUCAGCCAGCCCGCAUUCUCAUCUGAGAGAUCACAGGCACCAAUGCUCUUUUAGUAAUUCCGGUCACUCGGACCCAAAGAGCGAAUGCUCGAACAAGCGCCACAACAGCUGGACAGGCAGCGACAGCGUGGCCUACGCCGGGGUACAAAACGCCCCGCGCAACACUGCCUGCAAACACCAGAACGCGGAGAACGCCAAGCACCACAAACGGACGUUAAGCGACUACAACCGGUACUACGCCGACCUGAUGACCCCCAGCUCCCCAUCCCCGACGAACAAACACCGACGAAGUUUGUCAGCCGACGUGGCUUACAUGUUAAACCUCCAGCGUGAAGUCUGCAGCCCGACGUAUUCCAACGGGAGCAACAAAAACUCUCUGGGCACGUCCUCCUACUCUCAUUCCCCCUCCCCGCAUUUACUCCAGGUGCCCGAUUACAACAAUCUCCUGCGGCCGAUCACACCGGAAGUCGUCAUCACCAACAACAACUGCCAGAGCCCCGUCGACGCCAACGGAAGUCAGAACGCCGUCCGACACUGCGUUCAUUCGGAUAGCAACAUCGCCUAUUUCGGCGGGUUGAUGUGUCCGGGGUUUCAAUCCGUCGAGAACCCGAUCGUCCGGCGCCACAGCACGUACGUCCCGACCACCGGGGACCUGACCCUCUCCUGCUGCGCCGAGAACUCCGUGCGGGCCACGUCCUCGUUCGGCUCAGGAAACUCCUACAGCUCCUCGCAGUACCCGCACCAGCACGGCGCGAAUCCCCACUCGUCCCACCCGUACCGCCAUGAGCCCCACCAACCCCACCACCACCACCACCACCACCACAGCACGGGGACGCUGCCCAACGACGCCCAGAACCGCAGCUACAACGCCCAGUGUCUGCGACACGCCCCGGCCAACUUGAACCGUUCCUACUCGGCCGUUGUCAUGGAGACCAAAUUAUGA